AGUAUUCAAUAGUUUGUUUUGUUAUUAUAAUACAUGCGUUUGAUUUAAAUGUCUUAUGGAUCAAGAGAUUAGUGAUAAUAACAUCAGUGAGGAUCAGACAAGUGAUCAAUUAGCUGAAGAAGAAGUGACUACAUAUAAGGACAAUAACAACAUGACUUUGUUUCGAUGGCAAUCAUUGGUCUCAAACUCAAUGAUCACAAAGAAAGUAAAGAAUUCACUGAACGACUGGAAAAGAAAUAUCAAAACUAAUGUCAAGUUUGAGAUCAAAUCAAAUGACAAGUGUUUGGUUACCAUUACUGAUCAAAACAAAGAUAAAGUGGUUGUAACUAAGGAAAAGUUUAACCAAUUAAUUAUUAACAGCCGAAGACUGCGACCGUUCACUCACUUGAUAACUGUUCCCUUCAUUAGUGACUCAUUGAAAGACGAGUUCAAUCAAUUUAAAGACAAUAUUUUGACAAACUUUGUAAGCGAUGGCAACAGAAUCGAUGAAUAUUUGUUUCAAAAGACUUUUAAACUUCAUUUGACUGUUUGUGUUCUCGUUUUACUUAAUGAUAACGAAAUACUUUUAGCCAAAAAAUUACUUCGCGAUAGUUUGGAUCAAAUUAUUAAUCCAGUGCUCAAUGGAAAGCCUUUAAAAGUAACACUCGAAGGACUGCAAGUGAUUAAAGGACAACAAGAGAGGGCUCAUGUAGUAUAUGCUGAGGUUAAAGAAGAGACAAACACAUUGCAGACAAUUGCCGAUCAAAUUGUCAAUAAAUUUAUUAAAGCAGGUCUUCUUGGAGAUUGUGGCGAUAAUACAGUCAAACUUCACGUCACUUUCAUUAACUCAUUAUUCAGACAAAGAGCUCUUAUAAAACAAAAUACGGAAAACAAGAAACGCAUCAAAAGGGAGACAUUUAAUGCCAAAGAAAUAUUAGAUUUUUACAAAUCUUACAAAUUCAGUGAAUAUAUUGUUAAAUGUAUUCAAUUAAAUGAAAUAAAAUCAAUUACAAGUGAAGGCUUUUAUGGUUUCGUUGAUGGCAUUGAUUUACCACAAGAUUAA